AUGGGCAAACGAGACAUCAGCGACGACGACGAUGAUGGAGGCAAGAGGAGAAAAGGUGGAUUCUCGGAUCAUGCACCACCGGACGAUGGCCAGUCUGCUGAAAUCCAGCUGGACCACAUGCUCGCUGGUGGAGCAGGGCUUGGAGGGAUCGGUUUGGGUGGAGUUGGCCUGGGCAUGGGCAACAUGGGCAUGCCCAGCAUGGCAAUGCCCACACCCGGCCUGUCAGUUCCAGGUGCCAGUGCCACGCCGGAUUUGGAUCCAUUGAAACCAGCCACUACUCCAAUGGACUUCUCCAAGCUAGGCGCAAAUACGCCCAGUCAAGAGUUCCCUGUGCCGCGAGACAUGGUGGAGUACCUCAUGACGCCUGAACACCGGCAGAUUCUCCUUGAGGAAUCAGGCUGUGAUGUCGACUGGGCGCCAGACGAGUCCAAGGUCCAACUGAAAGGCUCCGCGGAGCAGAUCCGCAAGGCACAGCGCUUGCUCCAGCGUGUGCUCAUGCACUGCAACUGGGGGCGCAGCGAAGCAAAGGUCCGGCGACUACUGAAACCGAAGAUUAUCGAGUCAGCCGUUCUGCGGCUGUCGCCGAUGAAUACUUUGCCUGCUGGACAGAAAACACUCAGCCAGACACAGCCUGUGAUUUCGAUCGGCAAGGACAAAAAAAUCAACGACAUCGUGAUCCCUGCAGCCAUUGUCUCGCGCCAGCACUGUGUCCUCGAGCUGGACAUCGACCGAGGCGCCAUAUACGUCAUUGACUGCAGCACAAACGGCACAUUCCUGAAUGGCUUGCGGCUGCCGCCGAAAACCACAGGGAAGGUGCUUGUCUCGCACGGAGACGAGCUCCUGCUACAAGACCCGGCCAAUGACCAGGAGUUCGGAUAUGUUGUGAAUAUCCAAGAGCUGAAUGUCCGAGAGCAGACGAAGCUGCAGGCUCCACGGCGUCUUCUCUCCACCGAGGAGUCUUCAACCAUGGGCCGUGACUUCUAUUGA